GCGUGAACCUGCACUCGGGAGGCAGAGACAGGAAACUUUCUGAUAGCACAUUGACUGGCUCGACCUUCGAGCACCACAGUGGCGGGCCUAAGCUUCCGGGCUGGGCUGCCACCUCUGUAUAGCCUUCGUUUUCCCUUAGUUAAAUGGGUGCAGUUCCGACUUCCAUCUCGGAGCGGCCACCGCGACAGUUGCACAGAGCGCGCGCUCCCGGGGCGGGGCUGCGCCGGGCGGGAACGGAGGCCCCGCCCCGUCCCGCGCUCGGCUGAUUUAAGACCGGUUGUGUCUACGGUGGCGGGAGCGCCCAUUCCCGGCAGGCCCCAGCCUCAGCGCUCCGGCGGCGAGCGGCGCAGGUUAGCGCUCGACGACCGCGAGCUUGCGGGGAGGCCGCGCUCGCCCUUAGGAGUCCUUGGCGACCCAGACGGUUCUCCAGGUUCUGACAAAACACCCACCCUCCGUCCCCACACUAACCACUCUGCAGUGCACUGCUGUAUGGCCUCUCCUCUUGUUCCUGGAAAAGCUGUUGUAGUUGAAGUGUCUGCUCCCAGACAGCUCUUCCAUGAGAUGACACUAGCAGAGAAAACCACUGUGAUAUUCCACAGUUGAGCUAUCACUGGGCAAAAGAUAAUACCAAGAAAACCAGAUGGCAUCUGGAGAUUUCUGCUCACCUGGAGAAGGCGUGGAAAUACUGCAGCAAGUGUGUGACAAGCAGUUUCCUCCGUGCGCCCUGACGGAGGAAGAUCUCAUUCAGAAUCCGUGUUUCAGCAAGCUCUUGCUUAGUCUGUCCCAGCACGUCGAUGAGAGUGGCCUGAGCCUCACGCUGGCCAGGGAGCAGGCUCAGGCCUGGAGUGAAGUUCGGCUUCGUAAGACAGCAUGGCUGAGGUAUGAGAUCUUACAGAGAGUCAUCCAAGAGCUGCUGGUCGACUACUAUGUGAAGGCCCAAGAAACAAACCUAACCUCCGACGACAAAAAGUUUCAUGAGACCCUUGAACAGCGGCUUCUUGUAACUGAGCUGACACAACUUUCAGGUCCUGGGCAGGAGACGGAGAUGCCCCCGCUGCUAGGACUGGAGAAGGCCGACCUUCUGGAGCUCAUGCCGCCCUCACAGGAUUUCGUGUGGAUGAAAGCUCGGCUCCAGCUGGAGGUGGAGGAGCAGCUCAAGAGGAAAUGCUUCACCCUGCUGUGCUACCACGACCCCAGUUCAGAUACUGAUGGAGACAAGCUGAAAGCAGCGAAGGUGUGGGCGCUGACAGAGGUCCUGGUCAGGGAGAAGCAGCAGUGCCUGGAGGCCAAGGGCCAGCAGAAGGAGCAGCUGGUGCUGCUGGAGAAGAAGAGGACCACCUACUCAAAGGUGCUGCUGCGCUGCCUUGCUUUACUGCAGAGGCUUCUCCAGGAGCACAGGCUGAAGACUCAGUCCGAGCUGCACCGCAUCAAUGCCCAGUACCUGGAGAUCAAGUGCAGUGCUCUGAUCCUUAAGUUGAGGAUGGAGGAGCUGAAGACCCUGUCCGACACUUAUAGUGCUGAGAAAGUAGAAGUGCAUCGCCUCAUUAGGGACCGUUUGGAGGGAGCCAUUCGCCUCCAGGAGCAGGACAUGGAGAAAUCGAGGCUGGUCCUGCACACCUAUGAGGUGCUGGGGGAAGACUUUGAGAACCUGGUGAAGGAGUACAGCCAGCUCAAACUGGCCGUCGAGAACAAGCGCUGGGCCCUGCAGGAGUUUAGCAAGGCCUGCCGCUGAACUGAACGGAGGCAGAACCGGAAGCAUGGACUCUCCGCGCCUGCCCUCUCUUCAUGCUCAAUGGCUCAAUGGACCACCUCCACCACAAAGGAAUAUGGGACACUUGCUUAAAACACCUCAGUCUUCACAGACCUUCUGGUUUCUCUUUCUUGUUUACAGUGACUGAGUCUGGAAAUGUAGAUAUCACAUUUAUAAAAUUCCAUGCAUAUCUGGUUUGCAUCAGCUGUGUAAUAAUUACCUGAAUAAAGUUGUAGUAUUAUUUUGCCUUA